CCGUUUUAUUUUAAAGCUUUUAAGAAUAUUAAGACGGUUUUCUAUUGUUUUAUAUUCACAUUUGAGUGUAAAACUAAUUAUAUUUAAAUACAUGUUCUCUCCCUCUAUGUUUGGCUUCAGUGGUACAGCCCCACGUGUGUCACAGAAGGAGCAGCAGGAGACGCGUGGGGUUUAGCUAAAGUUAUGAAUUCGUGAAAAUAAAGUCGUUUAAACUGCAUAUUUUUUCAUGAUGUUGUUCGGAAAGGAGAUACCAUGGCGGCGACUGGAGGGCAUGUCAUUUGGGAUGUUUUCUGCGGAAGAAAUUAGGAAGCUGAGUGUGAAGCUGAUCACAAACUCCAGAUUUCUUGAUAAUGUGGGAAACGUGGCUCCAAACAGCCUGUACGACCUGGCUCUGGGUCCAGCUGACAACAAAGAGGUGUGCUCCACAUGUUGUCAGGACUUUAACAAUUGUCCUGGUCACUUUGGUCACGUGGAGUUGCCUCUGCCGGUCUACAACCCUCUAUUCUUCGAUAAACUGUACUUCCUAAUCCGAGGCUCAUGUCUGAACUGCCACCUUUUGACCUGUCCUCGAGCUGAGAUUCACCUCCUCAUCCAACAGCUUCACCUGCUGGACCACGGGGCACUACAGGAGGUGUACCAGCUCGAACAAAUCCUCACACAGGUUGUGGAGACAAAUCCCAAAGCCACUGGAGACGAUUUUGAACGAGCCUUAAAACAGUUCACAGAUACAGUCAUCCAAGAGACACUGGUCAACACCAAACCGAUAAAACAUGUCGUUCACAUGAAGAACACUUUGAUAAAUAACUUCUGGAAAAAUCACAUGAGAGCCAGGCCAUGCCCCAGCUGCAAGAGCAAAUUUGCAGUGCGUCGUGAACACAACAGUAAAAUCAUCGUCAGCAUGCCCUCAGCUCAGACUCUCGACAAAACAGACGACAUAAUGGCUGGACGGAGGUCUUACUUGACGGCGAGUACAGCCCGAGAACAUGUAAUUCAACUGUGGGAGAAAGAAGGCUUCUUUUUGAAGCGCGUGUUUUCUGGAAUGGACUUUGGGUCUAAUGAAAACGGCUUUAAACCAGACCUGUUCUUCUUGGAGCUGCUUCUCAUCCCCCCUUGCAGGUACCGUCCUAUUAACCGACUGGGGGAUCAGAUGUUCACGAAUGGACAGACUGUGAAUAUGCAGGCGGUGAUGAGAGACUGUGAAAUUAUCAGAAAACUGCUGGCAUUGAUCGCCGGAAAGAAAAUACAAGAGGAAGUGGUCCCAGAGCAGCCGGAGCAGGAGCAGAUGGAGCCUUCAGACCAGUCCUUCAUUAUGUCUCUCCCGGGUCAAACUCUCCCAGAUAAACUGUACAACAUAUGGAUCAGACUCCAAAGUCACGUCAACAUCGUGUUUGACAGUGACAUGGACAAACUCAUGACCGAGAAGUACCCAGGGAUCAAACAGAUCCUGGAGAAAAAGGACGGCCUCUUCAGGAAGCACAUGAUGGGGAAACGUGUGGACUUCGCCGCUCGAUCUGUCAUCUGUCCGGACAUGUACAUCGGCAUUAAUGAGAUCGGAAUCCCCAUGGUUUUUGCCACUAAACUGACCUACCCUCAGCCUGUGACUCCGUGGAACGUAAAGGAACUUCGUCAGGCGGUUUUAAAUGGUCCAAACGUGCACCCAGGGGCCUCCAUGGUGAUCAAUGAAGACGGAAGAAAAACUAUUCUAUCUCCAUCAAACUUCAGCCAGAGAGAGGCAGUUGCCAAACAGCUCCUGACGCCAUGUCCUGGGCCUCACAGUAUGCCCAUGAAGAUCGUAAAUCGUCACAUAAAGAACGGAGAUGUGCUGUUAUUAAACCGUCAGCCCACCCUCCACAGACCGUCCAUCCAGGCCCACUGUGCACGUAUCCUGCCUGGGGAGAAGGUCCUGAGGCUGCACUAUGCAAACUGUAAAGCCUAUAACGCAGACUUUGACGGAGACGAGAUGAAUGCUCACUUCCCUCAGAGUGAACUGGGCAGAGCUGAAGCCUACACUCUGGUCAGCACCAACCAGCAGUACCUCGUCCCCAAGGAUGGGAAGCCUCUGGCCGGUCUGAUCCAGGACCACAUGGUGUCUGGGACUCGGAUGACGAUUCGGGGUUGUUUCUUCAAUAGAGAUCAGUACACAGAGCUGGUCUACAGAGGACUCACUGAUAAACAGGGGAGAGUGAAACUCCUCCCACCAGCUAUUCUCAAACCAUACCCGCUUUGGACUGGGAAACAGGUGGUGUCCACGCUGCUCCUAAAUGUCAUCCCAAAGAACGCAGUUCCUCUGAAUCUGGUCGGAAAAUCCAAGAUCCCGAAUAAAGCCUGGAUCAAGGAACCACCCAGGUCCUGGCCUGGAUACAAACCAGAGACCAUGUGUGACUCACAGGUGGUGAUCCGUGAGGGGGAGUUGUUGGUUGGAGUCCUGGAUAAGGCCCACUAUGGCUCUUCUGCCUAUGGCCUGGUGCACUGCUGUUAUGAGCUCUAUGGAGGAGAGACCAGCGGAAAACUGCUCAGCUGUUUGGCCAAACUCUUCACCGCAUAUCUACAACUCUACAGAGGAUUCACCCUGGGUGUGGAGGACAUUUUGGUGAAGCCUGGUGCCAACAAACAACGUAAAAAGAUCAUUAAACAGUCACUGAAAAUUGGGACCAAAGCUCUGCAGGCUGCCUUUAACCUCCCUUCUGACGUGGAGCAGGCAGAGGCUCAGAGCAGGUGGCAGGACUCCCACCUGAAUCCCGACCAGAGAGACUUCAGUUUGGCAGACCACAAGUUUAAAGAGGUCGCCAACCAGAUCAACAAUGAUAUCAACAAGGUCUGUAUGCCCAUAGGACUCCAUAGAUCUUUCCCCGACAACAACCUGCAACUCAUGGUUCAGUCUGGAGCCAAAGGAUCCACAGUCAACACUAUGCAGAUCUCGUGUCUGUUGGGUCAGAUCGAGUUGGAGGGGCGGCGGCCUCCCCUGAUGCCUUCAGGGAAAUUUCUGCCGUGUUUUCAGCCGUAUGACCCCUCACCUGGAGCUGGGGGGUUUGUGUCUGGAAGGUUCCUCACUGGCAUCAAACCACAGGAGUUCUUCUUUCACUGUAUGGCUGGGAGAGAGGGACUGGUCGACACGGCUGUGAAAACCUCCAGAUCUGGAUAUUUACAAAGAUGUGUGAUCAAACACCUGGAGGGUCUGGUGGUGCAGUAUGACCUCACAGUGAGAGACAGCGACGGUUCUGUCAUUCAGUUUCUUUACGGAGAAGAUGGACUGGACAUCCCAAAGACUCAGUUUCUUCAACCCAGACAGUUCCCCUUCGUCGAGGAGAACUAUGAGGUCAUAAAGAAAUCCCAGGGUCUUGAUGAGGUUCUGUCUCGGCUUGACCCUGAAGCUGCCAGACAACACUUUGCAGCGAUUCAGAGAUGGAAAAACAAGCAGGAAAGGGCCAAUCCGAGACAAGGUGCAUUCUUGGUGUUCUCACAGAAGAAACUGGCCAAACUCAAAGAGUCAAUAGAAAUGAAUGAAAUCCUCAAUGGUCGAGACACUCCAACUUUACAGUUGAUGGAGCAGUGGCGUUCCCUGGAUGCACAAAGCAGGUCCAAGUUUGGGAGAAAGGCUUUGCGAUGUCCUGAGCCGGUGCUGGGUUUAAUGAGGCCGGACGUAAGCUUUGGAUCUGUGUCUGAAAACUUUAAUGACAUCACAGAGAAAUAUCUGAGCAGCCGAACGGACCUGAGUGAACACAACAAGGAAAGCCUUCGUCACCUGUUACAUUAUAAAUGGCAGCGUGCUCUGUGUGACCCCGGGGAGGCCGUGGGGCUCCUCGCCGCUCAGUCCAUUGGGGAACCCUCCACUCAGAUGACUCUAAACACGUUCCACUUUGCUGGAAGAGGAGAGAUGAACGUCACGCUGGGAAUACCUCGACUGAGGGAGAUCCUGAUGAUUGCCAGCUCCAACAUAAAGACUCCCAUGAUGAGUGUCCCGGUCCUGGGCACCAGAAAAGCCCAGAAGAAAGCCAAAGUUCUGAGGAAAAUGCUCACGCGUGUCUGUUUGGCUGAGUUGUUGCAGAAAGUGGAUGUUGUGGAGUCCUUACAAAUCAUUGGUUCUUACAACAAAAUGCGAACCUUCAAAGUCACCUUUCACUUCCUGUCACCUGAGUGUUACCAGGACGAUAAACUUUUGACCCCAUCCCAGAUCCUGCACUACAUGGAAACAAGGUUUUUCCUUCUUCUAGCUGAUGCCAUAAAGAAGCACAGCGCUAAACUAGCUUCUAUUUCCGUGGAAACAAGAAAAGCAACUCUCAGAGACAAAGACAAUGAAGGAGAUGGACCAGGUGGCUCUGCAGCUUUGGAUGAGGACGACGGGGAGGAGCAGGAGCAGGAGAUUGUGGACGACAAAGAAAAUGAAGGAGAUGCAGACGCCACAGACGCCAAACACAAAGACAAACAAGAAGAAGAGGUUGACUAUGAUAGUGAUGAAGAGGAGGUAGAUGAGGCAGAGGAACCCGAAGAAGAAGACGAAACUCAGUCAAAGGAUGAAGCGAAUGAAGAAAGGAAGAACCCCACAGCACUCCUUGUGACCAGACUGAAGAGGCAGAAACGCAGUAAAGUCAAAGCUGCUCCGGAGGUCAUGGACGAGAUGAGAGUGAAUGCUGUGCUGAUCUCGAGUUCUUCCAUAGAGGGGUACAGAUAUGACCAUGUGAACGAGCUCUGGUGUGAGGUGGACCUGAUGUUACCGGUGACCAAGGUGCACUUUGACCUCACCAGCGUCAUCUCAUCUCUGGCCAAAAGCGCCGUUGUCAUGGAGACGAAGGGUCUGACGCGCUGCCUCUUGAGUGAGGUCACCACGAAGAAUGGAGAGAAAGAGACUGUACUGAACACAGAGGGAAUAAACAUGCAUGAGCUGUUCAAGUACUGUGAUAUCCUGGACCUGAACCGUCUUUACUGUAACGAGGUCCACGCGAUGGCCGCCACCUACGGCAUCGAGGUCGCCCUGAAGGUCAUUGAGAAGGAGAUCAAGGAUGUGUUUGCUGUCUAUGGCAUUGAGGUGGACCCCAGGCACCUGUCUCUGGUGGCAGAUUACAUGUGUUUUGAGGGAGUGUACAAACCUCUGAACAGACACGCCAUGCAGUCCAACUCCUCCCCUUUGCAGCAGAUGACCUUCGAAACCAGCUUCAAGUUCCUCAAGCAGGCCACCAUGCUCGGUGCUCGUGAUGAACUGGAAUCACCAUCCGCUUGCCUCGUAGUUGGAAAAGUUGUGAAAGGAGGAACAGGAAUCUUUGAACUGAAACAACCUCUUCAAUAGACCACAAAAUCAAAACGGAGGAUUCUUAAAAUUCAAAAAGCUCUCAGGAAUGUUGUCAGUGUCACUAUAGGUUUGUAAACACACAGUACUAGUCAGAAGUUUGGACACACCAUCUAAUUUUCUUUAUUUUUACAACUUUCUACAUUUGAUAGACAUUCAUAUAUGAAAUAAGAUGUAGGAAAAAAUGAAAAAAAAAAAUUAAAUAACACACAAUAUAUUUUUUUAUAUUUUAUAUUUAAAUUCUCUAAGUAGCCACCUUUUGCUUUGCUAAAAAAUGUUUAGUCAAGCAUGGCAAGGCAAGUUUAUUUGUAUCGCACAAUUCAUACACAAAGUAAUUAAAAGUGCUUUGCAGAAUAAGAAAUUAAUAUUAUAUAAUAUCAAUUUAGACAUUAAACAAACAUUAUACGAAAAAAUCAGAACAUAAAUUAUCCUAAAAAAAAUAACUUAAAAAGAAAGAAGAGUAGUUAUUUUCCUUUUUUUUUUUUUUUACAAUGUAAUUCUAUAGAUGUUACUUCAUAUAUUUGAUGUCUUCUGUAUGUAUUUAAAAUGUAUAUAAAAAAAUAAAUGAAUUAAUUGAAUGAGAGGGUGUGUCCAAACCUGUGACUGGAAUUGCACUAUUAAUGGCAAGAAAGUUUGAGUUAAAUGUAAUAACUCACCUGAGAGGUCUUCCUGGACUAUUAUCAAGCUUAUGUAUAUUACUAUAGGCUUGUAAACCUAUUAUUCACCUCCUGAACCUGAAUUGAGUUUUGUUAUGUAAAAUAGUCACGCAAGUUUUUCUAGUGAUAGCUAUGUUUAUUCUGUCAAUAAUGCAUUGGUUGUUUUGGCAAUAAGAGCAUACAUGCCAUGUGUUAUAUUUUAUUAAACCAAAAAGUGAGUAUCGAAUUUUUCAGAUGAGUCUGAAUAUUAAAUGUACAUUUUAAAAACA